UCCGAUGCCGGGGAGCAGCAGAUAUCAGUCUACUGCCUGAGAACCAACCAACAACAACCAACCAGCCAGCAACAUGUUCAAAUUCUUUGCUCUGUGCCUGUUCGCCGUUGUGGCCUGUGUGGCUGCCAAGCCCGCGGUGAUUGCUGCCCCACUGGCGUACAGCGCCUACUCCUCCCCCUUGGUGGCUGCCUCCCCCUACUCGUCCGCGUACACCGCCGCCUACACUGCCCCCGCCUACGCUGCCUACUCCGCUUACUCCGCAUAUCCCUAUGCGUCUGCCUACUCCGCAUACCCCUAUGCCGCCUACUACCGCUAAUCGGAGACGGACUAAGGAGAGGAUCAUCCUCCCACUGGCAUGACUGGCAACUGGACCCCCACCCCGCAACAAUAUGGAUACACCUGCACCAC